CGCACGCAAAAGCAUGAUGAACCAGGCGAAGGCGACCAGACUCUCGAGAGCAUGCUGGCUGUCCACCCGCGCGUGGGCACUGAAGCCACUCCACCUGGAGCCUCUGGCCCCAGCCCCGUCCGAUCUGGAGAUUGCACAGGCCCAGAAGCCAAAGCGCAUUGCACAAUUGGCAACCGAGAUCGGCCUUCAUGACGACGAGCUUUCGUUGCACGGGAAGUUCAAGGCUAAGGUUGCGCUCUCGGUCCUCAAUCGGCUCGAGAAUGCUCCUCAAGGCAAGUAUGUCGUCGUUGGUGGAAUCACACCAACGCCACUGGGCGAGGGCAAGACGACGUGCGUGAUGGGGCUGGCCCAAGCCUUUAGCGCGCAUCUCAACACAAAUAGCUUUGCGUGCGUUCGGCAGCCGUCACAGGGCCCGAUCUUUGGCAUCAAAGGGGGCGCGGCGGGCGGUGGCUACGCUCAAGUCAUUCCCAUGGACGAGUUCAACAUGCACUUGACGGGUGAUAUCCACGCCGUGACGGCCGCCACCAAUCUAUUGGCCGCCGCCAUCGACGCCCGUAUCUUCCAUGAAUCUCAGCUGACAGACGAAACGUUGUUUGCGCGGCUCGUCUCGAACAAGAUUGCUCCAUCACAACCCAAGUUUACCCCGGCCAUGCUACGCCGCUUGGGCAAGCUCGGCAUCUCGGGCCACGACCCAGCUGAGUUGUCAAGGCGCGAUCGUGCUCGAUUCGCACGACUCGAUAUUGACCCGUCGACAAUCACCAUCAAGCGGGUGCUGGACACGAACGACCGGUUCCUGCGCCAAGUCUCAAUCGGACACAGUCCGACGGAGAAGGGUCAGGUCCGCAAUACCGGCUUUGACAUCAGUGUCGCCAGCGAGGUCAUGGCGAUCCUUGCGUUGGCACGUGACAUGCAUGAUAUGCGCAUUCGCAUCGGUGCCAUCAUCGUCGGCUUCAGUCGCGACGGUGCUGCGGUGACUGCGGACGAUAUUGGCGUCGCGGGGGCUAUGAUGGCUCUCAUGAAGGACGCCUUGCAGCCAACGCUCAUGCAAACGCUUGAGGGCUCACCAGUGUUCGUGCACGCGGGGCCCUUUGCGAACAUCGCGCACGGAAACUCGUCCAUCAUCGCUGACAAGAUCGCACUCAAGCUCGUGGGACGUGGUGGCAUCGUCAUUACGGAGGCUGGUUUUGGUGCCGAUAUGGGUAUCGAGAAGUUUUGCAACAUCAAGUGCGCUAGCAGUGGUCUGCGUCCCGACUGCAUCGUGCUUGUCGCGACAGUGCGCGCGCUCAAGAUGCACGGUGGCGGUUCACCUGUUGUUGCCGGAAAACCAAUGCCGGCUGAGUACCUCACGGAGCGUGUCGACCUCGUGCGCGCCGGGUGUGCCAACCUACAUGCGCACGUGCAAAUCGCCGCGUCUCUUGGUGUGCCCGUCGUUGUCGCUGUGAGUCCGUUUUUGCAAGAUACACCAGCCGAAUUGGACGCGAUCAUGAACGAAUCCAAGGCUGCGGGCGCGACCGCCGCUGUCGUUGCCCGCUACCACGCGCUCGGUGGCCGCGGCACGGUCGACUUGGCAGAGGCUGUUAUUGCGGCCACUUCGUUGCCCAGUAGUAUGUUUGCACCAACGUACGACGCUCAAAGCUCCAUCGAAGCCAAAGUUGACGCUAUCGUCAAAACGAUCUACGGUGGUGGUGGCACCGAUUGGAGACCAGAAGCGAAAGCACGUGCAUCCUGGUAUGCAUCGAAAGGGUACGGCGACCUUCCCAUUUGCAUGGCCAAGACGCAGUACUCACUUUCCCAUGACCCGGCGUUGAAAGGCCGUCCCGUCGACUUUACCGUGCCUAUCACGGACGUGCGCUUGUACGCUGGCGCUGGUUUUCUCACAGCACUGACAGGCGACGUGGCAACGAUGCCAGGCCUCGCCACCCGCCCCAGCUUUCAUGAUAUUGACGUCCUCCCUGACGGCACAAUCACAGGUCUCUCGUAGCCUUAACCAGAAUAU